CUGAUUUUCUUUUCUAGAUACAAAAGGAGUUCGGCAAGCCAAAAAAAACUUUUGAAUAAUGAAACAGUAAAAGGAAACAAUCCUUUCUUCUGUCUCUGUUUCUGUGACAAACUAAACAACAAAAUUCUUCCUUCCCCCACCACCACCACCACCACCACCACAUCCCCAUUUCUUUCUUUCAUUUCUUCCCAAUAAACAUCCAAAAAAAAGGAACCCCACUCUUCUCUUCAUCUAUUUCUCUCUUUAUUUUAGUUUCUUCUUUCUUUGUUUCUUGUCAUAUGCCUAUACCAUAUGUCCGAACCUCCACCACCACUCCAACAACCACCGCCACUACCGCCACCACCUUUACACCUCCCCCUUCUCCCUUUCUCUACCAUCACCACCACAACCACCACCAUCAGUAGCAGCAGCAACCGUGAAUAUAGAAAAGGAAACUGGACAAUUCAAGAAACCCUAACCCUUAUAACUGCUAAGAAACUCGACGAUGAGCGACGUUCCAAACCCAGCACCGUCGCUUCCACUUCUAAACCAGGGGAACUCCGGUGGAAAUGGGUGGAGAACUACUGUUGGGCUCAUGGCUGUUUCCGUAGCCAAAACCAAUGCAAUGAUAAAUGGGAUAAUCUCCUUCGUGACUUCAAGAAAGUUCGUGAUUAUCAAGCAAGAUCCAAUGAUUCUGAUUCUAGUUCUUUUCCUUCUUAUUGGACAAUGGAGAGACAUCAAAGAAAGUUUUAUAAUCUUCCUUCUAAUAUGUCCCUUGAAGUUUUUGAAGCUCUUAACGAAGUUGUUCAAAGAAGAUACAAUACAAACAUCACUACAACGCCACAACAACAGCAUGUUUCAGCAGUUGCACCUCCCCCAGUUCCGGUGACAUCUGUCCGGGAAGCUAUGCCGGAAACUGUGGUGAUGGACGCCCCGGCGGUUCCAGAAAGAUCAGAAUCAUCUGCGACAGAAUCAAGUGAUAAACACGAUGGUAAUACAGGACCAAAAAGAAGGAAAGUUAGAAACAUUGGCGCAAGUAUUAAGCGGAGUGCUUCUUUUUUAGCUCAGACAAUAAGAAACUGCGAAGAGAAAAAACAUAAGAGACAUCAAGAACUACUGGAGUUCGAACAACGUAGGCUUCAACUUGAAGAAACAAGAAAUGAAGUGAACAAACAAGGAAUGACUGAUCUUGUUUUGGCUGUUACCAAGCUUUCAACUGCAAUUCAGUCACUCAUAUCGAAUCAAACAUGAGAAAACAAUUCUUUUAUCAUCCAUCCAUCCAUCCUGUCCUGAUUCUAUAUAUGCUGCAGACUCUUUUGAGUUCGACUAUUGAUUCUUUGAAUAUAUAUUGACAUGAAAUGUCGAUUUAUUUAUU